AUGUCUGCGCUCAAGCAAGGGGAAUUCGUCGGUUCUCUCGACUGUGGUACCACGUCAUCGCGAUUCCUCAUCUUCGACAAAUACGCAGACAUAGUGGCGGAGUACCAGACUGAGUACCCGCAGUACUACCCCGAGCCAGGCUGGCAUGAGCAGGACGCAGACGAGAUCAUGGCGAGCUGCGACGUCUGUAUCACAGAAGCUUGCAAGGCGCUCGAAGCGGCUGGCUGGUCGAAAGAUAGCGUCAAGGUCAUCGGAAUCACCAAUCAGCGCGAGACGGCGGUAGCGUGGAGCCGGAAGACUGGCAAACCGCUGUGUCGCGCGAUCGUGUGGGACGAUGGAAGGACGAAGAACACCGUGGCCCACUUCGAGCGUAAGCUCGACUAUGUGGGUCUGGAAGUCCAGCCUGGCGUGUUCAGGAAGGCCAAGAACGGCGAGGCCGCCCUCAAAGAAUUGACCGGCCUGCAGCUAUCCACAUACUUCUCCGCGAUCAAGCUACGAUGGAUGAUAGAACAUCACCAGCAAGUCAAGAAGGCACACGAGGAGGAUGAUCUCCUUUUCGGUACGGUAGAAUCCUGGAUUGUCUAUCGCCUGACCGGUGGUGUACACGGCGGGCUGCACAUCACCGAAGUCACGAACGCGUCGCGCACGCUCUUAAUGAACUUGCGCACGCUGGAGUGGGACCCCGUUAUGUUGAACUUCUUGGAGAUCAGGCCCUCCGUCCUCCCGAAGAUAGCGUCUUCCUCAGAGGUCUACGGCGAGGUGUCGUACGGCGCCCUGCAGGGCGUCAAGAUCGGAGGUCUCGUUGGAGACCAGCAGGGAGCGCUCAUCGGCAAUAAAUGUCUGAAGCAGGGUGAGGCCAAGUGUACAUAUGGCACUGGCGCGUUCCUGCUUUUCUGCACUGGUGCGGACAUCGUCUCGAGCGCGCAUGGGUUGUUGAGUACGGUCGCGUAUAAAGACGGUCAGACCGGGAAGCCUGUCUAUGCUCUUGAAGGAAGUAUCGCGGUUGCAGGGAGUGCUAUCAAGUGGCUUCGUGACUCGCUGGGCUUGAUUAAAUCCGCUCCCGAGAUUAACACACUUGCCGCCUCCGUCCCCCGCACGGGAGGUGUCUACUUCGUACCCGCGUUCUCGGGUCUCCUCGCCCCGUACUGGGACCCUGGUGCGGCAGGAAUGCUCAUCGGUCUGUCAGCAUACACGACCUCCGCCCACAUCUGCCGUGCGACGCUCGAGGCGAACGCCUUCCAGACGCGCGAGAUCCUCGAGAGCAUGAAGCUCGACUCGAAGACGGACCUCAAGCACCUCAUGGUCGACGGCGGCAUGACGAACGGCGACAUGGCGAUGGAGGUCCUCGCCGACAUCGGCGGGUUCACCGUCGUGCGGCCCGAGAUGCGAGAAUCGACCGCGCUGGGGUCCGCGCUCCUGGCGGGCUCCGCGGUGCGGCUGUUCGGCUGGGACAUCAGCAAGCCCGAGACGCUCGCAGAGGUGAACACGAAGGGCACGCGCGAGUUCAAGCCGGGCAUGCCCGAGGCGACGCGUGAAAAGAAGUGGCGAGGGUGGAAGCGGGCGGUGGAGCGGUCUCUGGCCUGGGACGAGGGCGUCGACGAAUGA